UUCAUUUCCACAUACACCAGUUCAUUGGCUCACAUGUCUAGCGGGAAACAAGCAGAUGGACGUUAACGCAUAACCAAUGAGCCUGAUUCUAAUCCAGACGGAAGAAAGAGGGCUUGCCUUCCACCUCCUUUCAUCACUUCCAGUCCGACUCGACAUGCUUCGUACAUAUGCAUCUCUCUACCUUUACAGUAUUAUGGCUUUAGAUGGCGGCAAGUCGCUGAUUGGAUUUACCAAAAAAAAGUAGGAAAAAGUGAAAAGGGAAAAAGAAGGAAUGAUACACAUACACAUACACAUACA